UCCAUAUUAAGGGUGCAUUCACAUGUACAUAGAUUUGAUGCUCAGGAUUUUCUGCUGCAGAUUUCAAUGUAAACUAAAUGACUGAGCACAGCUUCUAAUCUGCAGAUACAAAUCCUGCGCAUCAAAUCUGUGCAGGAUCCUGCACGUGUGAAUGUACCCUAAAGGGAGAUUUAAGGAUUUUUUUUUGACUAUGCUACAGGGGCUGUAAAGUUUGUGCAGUUUAUAUUAUAGCGUCUGUAUUUGUGUUUCAUGGUGGUCUUGCAAUUUGUCUGUGAUUUUUGGCCCAUUGUUUAUUUUUAACAGUAUACAAAAUUAGUGUUGUCUCAGGUUUUCCAAGGUUGCAGUGUGGCCCGAGACAUUUCAUCACUAGACAGGUGAUUAGAGGGGAGCCUGUCUUUGCUUCAAUGGGUGAAGUGACCGCUGGGUAAGAGGUAGAUCAUUCUGCAGUAAAUUGUAGAUUUGCAACAGCUGGAGGCACCCUGGUUAGUAAACACUAGUCUAUUGCAUUGACAGGUGCACAGGUGUGUUUUAAUGGGUGGGGUGGCUGAUGUGUGAGAGGAAGAAAAAUUACCUCACACUUACAAACAAGGAAAUAUGGGACAUGUAGUUUGAGGGAGGGAACUCCAACAGGUAAUAGCCAGUUUACUAAAAGAUAGUCACAGUGUUAUGGUUGAACAUAGCCAUUUAACUUCAAGACAAGCACAGAUUCUUCCUAAGCAUGUCCAUUACUCUCUGGCAGGGCCGGCAUGUUAAAACAGGACAGCUAGCGGCAAUUAAACUCAUGAAUGUCACAGAGGAAGAAGAGGAAGAAAUUAAACUUGAAAUUAACAUGCUGAAAAAGUACUCCCACCACAGAAACAUUGCUACGUACUAUGGAGCUUUUGUCAAGAAAAGUCCAGUGGGUCAAGAUGAUCAGCUUUGGCUGGUAAUGGAAUACUGUGGAGCAGGAUCAGUUACUGACUUGGUCAAGAAGACAAAAGGUAACUGCUUGAAGGAAGAUUGGAUUGCAUACAUCUGUAGAGAGGUUCUGCGGGGUCUGGCGCACCUCCACGCUCACCACGUUAUUCACAGAGACAUCAAGGGGCAGAAUGUUCUCCUGACAGAAAAUGCAGAAGUUAAGUUGGUUGACUUUGGUGUAAGUGCCCAAUUGGACAGAACGAUAGGCAGAAGGAACACAUUUAUUGGAACCCCAUACUGGAUGGCACCUGAGGUCAUCGCAUGUGAUGAGAAUCCAGACUCAACAUAUGACUAUCGGAGUGAUCUCUGGUCUUUGGGAAUCACAGCUAUAGAGAUGGCAGAGGGAGCUCCACCUUUAUGUGACAUGCAUCCCAUGAGAGCGCUUUUCCUAAUUCCUCGAAACCCCCCUCCAAAACUGAAAUCAAGGAAGUGGUCGAAAAAAUGCCUUAAUUUUGUAGAUAGCUGCCUCAUAAAGAAUUACACUCAUCGGCCUACAACAGAGACUAUGCUUAAACAUUCCUUUGUUCGAGAUCUUCAAAAUGAACGCCAGAUACGUAUUAUGCUCAAAGAUCAUUUGGAUAGGACAAGAAAAAAGAAAGAAAAGGAUGAAACAGGAUAUGAGUACAGUGGAAGUGAGGAAGAUGAUGAGGAAAUGAAUGAAGAUGAAGGAGAGCCAAGCUCCAUUGUUAAUCUUCCCGGUGAAUCGACUCUCCGUCGUGAGUUCUUGCGAUUGCAGCAGGAAAAUAAGAACAGAUCAGAUCCUCAGAGACAGGAGCAAUUACAGAAGCUAAAAGACCAGGAGAAAUACAAAAAACAGCUCCUGGCCGAACGCCAGAAACGGAUCGAGCAGCAGAAGGAGCAGAGGAAAAAGCUGGAGGAUCACCAGAAGAGGGAGCUAGAGCUGAGAAAGAUCCAGGAAUAUGAGCCAAGACCAAAAGAAUGGGAGGAACAGAAAAGAGAUGGAAAAGGAAAAGAGGACAGGAAACAUGUCGAUAAGGAGCAAUGCAUCCUAGAAAAUAUACCCAAUGCGGUGGAAAGGAAACAGCACGAGGUGCUCAAGCACAAGACUGAUGGAAAAAGCAAUCCAACUGAAUCUGCACUUUCUCAAAUGCAAAAGUCUGAAGAUACUCAAAAUCAACGGAAGUUUCAUCGGACCUUACCCAAAGAUCAGACCCAGCUACUGUUUCUGCAACAUGACCACAUGCAGAAGAAUCUAGAGACACCAAAACACAUUUCAGAUCAUAAAAUCACUGGUGCUAUGAAUGAAUUAAAGAUAUCAGAAAAGAGAACUAUAAAUGUUGACCCAAGCAAUCUAAAAUGGACAGGCUUUGUUCAACAAGCACAUUCCAGGCUUGGGUCCGGAAGCAGUUCUAGUCCAUGUACACCAGCUUUACCCAGAGCCAUUUUAGAGAAUGAAAAUCUGCGCUCCAGUAGAGACAAUCACUACAGCAGUUCCCUCUCUGACAUGAUCAUAAGUCCUCUGACCCCGGGAAAAGAUGAAGUAUUUUGGGGCUCAGUGCAAGGCGAAGAGCAGCCACCUAAGGUUCCAGAGAGAACCACAUCGAAGUUUUAUAAGGACAACCGAGGCCACCAAAGAAGCCCAUCUGGUGGUUUCCUCCAGGCGUCCAAGGAGCAGCCUGAUCCAGCAAAAAGCAGCAGUACGACUGGGAAUCAGAACAGCAGAUUAAAACCAGGGUCUCCAAAAGAUAAGCAAGUGGUACAGAAUUAUCACUAUCAAUUAGAGAAGGCUAAAAAUGAAGUUCAUCUGGAUUUCAGGAAGAUUUUAAAUCACAAUUUUGUAGCAAAAGGAAACGAGAGUAACAGGCCGUACUUAAAAGCAUCAUAUUACUCUUCGUCCAGUGAGGAAAUUGGCAGCAGUGAUGAUGAUAUCCAGAAAAAAAGGCUACCGAUGAGCAAUGGUAUAGUGGAUGUCUCAAGGACAAAACCUGCAGAAGAAAAAGCACAAAAACCCCAGAGUGGUUCUCAUGGAGACAAGGCGGCGGAACAGCAAAGUUGUAGCAGCAAUGAAGGACUCUGGAGCUCCUACAAUCAAAAUUAUCUCCUGCCAGAUCUCCUACAACAAAGCCAUCCUUCAGAGACUUCAGUGCAUCAGCACAAAACUCCCGAAAAAAGUCACCGGCCCCUGAACAAAUCUCUGAAUGAUCAGGUGCCAAAUGGAGAGAGUCCACAGCCAAAAAAUAGCUCCUCUUCCACUACAUCAUUUAGUGCAUUCAUUGACCCAAGGCUGCUCCAGUUCUCGCCCCCUACAAGCCCUCUAUGUUCCCCUAGUGGCACAAAAGUUGAGCCUUUCCGCAGAGAAAAUGCAAGGAAAGGAUCAGUUGUCAAUGUUAAUCCAACAAAUAUUCGACCUCAAAGUGACAGCCCGGAGAUUCGGAAGUACAAAAAGAAAUUCAAUUCUGAGAUCCUGUGCGCUGCUCUCUGGGGUGUAAACCUAUUGGUGGGAACAGAGCAUGGUCUAUGGUUCCUGGACAGGAGUGGACAAGGUAGAGUUUAUUCCCUCAUAAGCAGAAGACGCUUCUACCAAAUGGAUGUUCUGGAAGGACUGAAUAUUCUAAUCACAAUUUCAGGCAAGAAGAACAAGCUACGGGUUUAUUACUUAUCGUGGCUGAGGAACAAGAUCCUACGGAAUGAUCCAGAAGUAGAGAAAAAACAAGGCUGGAUCUCUGUUGGAGACCUGGAGGGUUGUGUACACUACAAAGUUGUUAAAUAUGAAAGAAUAAAAUUUCUUGUUAUUGCUCUGAAGAACUCAGUGGAAGUGUAUGCAUGGGCGCCAAAGCCAUACCAUAAAUUUAUGGCUUUUAAGGCAUUUUCGUCCCUGCAUCAAAAACCAUUAUUUGUCGACCUAACAGUGGAAAAUGGACAGAGGCUAAAGGUUAUUUAUGGAUCAUCAGUAGGAUUUCAUGCCAUUGAUGUUGACUCUGGGACAGUCUAUGACCUUUAUCUGCCCACACAUAUCCAGGGAAAUAUUCACCCUCACGCCAUCAUCAUUCUUCCCAACACAAACGGCAUGGAGCUCCUGCUGAGUUAUGAUGAUGAAGGUGUUUAUAUAGAUACUUAUGGACACUUUACAAAGGAAACCGUUUUACAGUGGGGUGAAAUGCCAGCCUCUGUUGCAUAUCUUCAGUCCAAUCAAAUUAUGGGCUGGGGUGAGAAGGCCAUUGAGCUGCGUUCUGGAGAAACGGGGAAUCUAGAAGGAGUAUUCAUGCACAAGAAAGCUCAGAAGUUAAAAUUUUUGUGUGAAAGAAACGACAAGGUAUUUUUUGCUUCCGUACAAUCUAGUGGUGGCAGCCAGAUUUACUUUAUGACCCUUGGACAAAGUGUUCUCUUUAAUUGGUAAUCGGGGGUCAAGAAUCUUGUGGACUGAAAACCAAAAUGGUGGCUGCGAGACAAGCCUCCUACAAGUGUGCACUAUAAACCAACGAAGGCACAGAGGAGCUGCACAAGGACGUAUAAGUAUGCAAUAAGAAGAGAUAGAAGAGUUUGAGAAUGACUGAGAAUGAAUAUGUAGUAUAUAUGAAGUUACAUCUACUUUUUGCAGGAUGAAUUUUGCACACGUAAUUUUCAUGUUAUUGAAGAAAUCGUUCUCUUGCUAGCUACUGGCAAAGCUGGGGGUGGUAGAGUUAAUGUAGCAGAAGACAUAUAGAUUAAUUUAGGGUAAGAUAGAUUUCUGUCUAUACUUGAGAAAACAAGCAUUAUACAAGCACCAUACUGGUACAAUAUCAUUUUAACUGUCUUAUAAGUCAGAUCUUCAUAGCAAUGUAUUAUAGUUUGACAGUAAUAGUAGGAUAAAGCUAUUUUUCCAAAUUUUCUGAAAUGCCCAAUAAGCCGGAAGGUGAAAACACUUGGCUAUCUGCUGGAAGUAUUCUAUUAUAUCUCUACCCUUGUAGGGCAAUUUUAAUCAGAAUAGAUCUUAAAUAGACUUUCCCACAAUUGGCCUUCUAGCCACUGGCUCCUUGAAUACCAAUGAUACAAUUAGAGCUCGGUCUACAUCACACUUCUGGUUUAUGUCAAAGGAAUACAUCAGGAAUAUUCCCCACCAUAUUCUUGUUCCCCCCACACUGGCAUACAUCAACAAUCAGCCACAGUGUUACAAAACAAAAGUACGUCAGAGUAAGCCACCUUCCCAAAGAAUCCAUUUCUUUUGUCAUGGCAGUGGAGGCCUGUGGCUAUGCUCUGUACAUAUAUUUGACGGGUGCUUUCCGAGAACAGAGUAUGAUGUAGACACCGCCUAACAUUCUUUAAAGGGACCCUGGCAACAGUUUUAUGCUGCCCAAACCACAGGUAGCAUAAAACUGGUAAAAUCUGCCCAAUUCGGGAAUGCUAGGAUUUACUCUGAUACUCUAGCAUGGGUCCAGGCAGCUGCCCUCUGUCUCCCCAGAAGCAUUUCUCCCCAAUACACAUAUAGAAAGAGAGGUGUCACUGAACGCUUGCAUAGCAUAGAGAAACCGCCGGUACCUUUCCUAAUUACUAUUUACCUGGAUUGUGCUGCCUGACCCAGUUUUAUGCAGCAUAAAACCUAUGACAGGUGCCCUUUAGAAGGAAUGAUAAGCCUAGAAAUAAAUGAUAAAAGUAAGCAGGAUAUCGUAUUUUACACACUAGGGGUAAUAAUGAAAACUGUAAAAUAUAAACUGACUGGUUUUGCCCAUAACAACCAAUCACAGCUCAGCUUUCAUAUCUUUAUCAGCUCCGGUAAACUGAAAACUGAACUGUGAUUGGAUGUUAUGGACAAAUCAGACAGUUUAUGUUUUCAUAGUUUAUAUAUAUUCUGCUCCCAAAUUCUUGAGGAAUACAGAUUAUCUUCCUGUUGAUCCCUUAUAUUUCUCCUAUUGUCGCCAGAGCAGAACCUAAAGGCUCCUUCCGCAGAGCUGUCUUUCAUUGAAAUAGGACAAUUCACAUUCAUCCGGCAUCUCAAGUUGGACAGGAUGGUGGAACACAAUGCAUGGAUGCUGGACAGGGGAACACAUCUUGCUGUGUUCCCCUAUCGGCAUGCACAAAAUAAUGGCCGCCGGCUCCUAAUCAAUUGAUGACAACUGGUGUACUUUUGGCAUCAGUUGUGGCGAGAUUAAACUGAGACGGUUGCCGGACAUACCGUAUUUUUCACCCUAUAGGACGCACCGGCAUAUAAGACGCAAGUUUAAAGGUGCAAAAUCUAGAUAAAAAAAGAUUCUGCACCCAACAGUGAUCUUCAACCUGCGG